CCGGUGUCCGCCGCCCGGGCGAUCUGCCGCUGGCCCCCCUGUACUCCGCGUCUCGUGCGCGCAAGGCGGGACCGCGAGAGCCCUCCCUCUGCACACGCGCGCGGCGCGCACCUGCGCUCCUUCACUUCGCACCGGCCAAUCCUCCCAGUCCCAGACGGCCAGACGCGUUCCCACGAGAGCCGCCUCAGCCUCCCAUGCGCGCGCACUGUUCCCGCCUCAACCGCACGAGCUAUGCAGCCGCCUCAGCCUACGCUUCUUCCGGCAAGGCGGCGCGACGCGCGCUCCACGCGGCGGCGCCCGCUCCCGAUCACAGGCAGCUCGGUGGCGCGCCGCCCGGGCUCGGUGUGCCCGCCGCGCAGCACCUUGGGUGCACGCCCGGCGAGGGCCUCCGGCCGGGCGCGCUCGAGCUCGCCGCGGCGAUCAGGUCGGCCUCGUCGGUCCCGGACGGCGCCCGCGCCCGCGCCAUCGGGAGGUGCCUCCACGGGCUCGCCGUUAAGGCCGGGCGCGUGGCGAGCAGCGCGGCGGUAGCGAAGGCGGUCAUGGACAUGUACGGGCGGUCCGGGGGCCUCGCGGACGCCCGCCUGGUGUUCGACGAAAUUGCGCUCCCCGACGCCGUGUGCUGGAACAUCCUCAUCGCCGCGUCCUCUCGCGGCGGGCGCUUCCACGUCACGGUCCGUCUGUUCAGGUCGAUGCUCGCUUGCGGCGCGGUGCAGAGCAUGCCGACCGCGGUGACGGUGGCUGUGGUUGUUCCGGCAUGCGCCAAGUGGAGGCGUUUGCAGACUGGCAGGAGCGUCCAUGGGUACGUGGUCAAAACCGGCUUGGAAUCAGAUACUCUGUGUGGAAAUGCGUUGGUGUCGAUGUAUGCAAAGUGUGGUGGAAGGAGGGCAAUGGAUGACGCAUGCAGAGCAUUUUCUUCGAUUGGUUGUAAGGAUGUUGUUUCAUGGAAUUCAAUCGUUGCAGGGUACAUAGAGAAUGGGUUAUUUCAGGAGGCACUUGGGCUGUUUGGCCAGAUGAUCUCACAGGGAUUUCUUCCGAAUUAUUCAACAGUGGUUAACAUUCUUCCCGUGUGCUCAUUCACAGAGUUUGGGAGGUAUUAUGGGAAAGAAGUUCAUGGUUUCGUGGUCCGGCAUGGUUUGGACAUGGAUAUUUCUGUUUGCAAUGCACUGAUGACACAUUAUUCCAGAGUGUUUGAAACGAAGGCUUUGGAGUCUGUGUUUGCAAGUAUGGAUGGGAGGGAUAUCGUAUCUUGGAACACCAUUAUUGCCGGAUAUGUGAUGAAUGGGUAUCACUCUAGGGCGCUAGACCUAUUUCAGGGGCUUCUGUCCACAGGAAUUGCUCCCGAUUCUGUUUCUUUUAUCAGUCUGCUCACUGCUUGUGCUCAAUUACGUGAUGUCAAAGCAGGGAUUGGGGUUCACUCUUAUAUCUUUCGAAGGCCAGCGCUUCUACAAGAAACAUCCUUAAUGAAUGCUCUCGUCACAUUUUAUAGCCAGUGUGACAGGUUUGACGACGCUUUCCGUGCUUUCACAGGUAUUCUGAACAAAGAUUUAAUAUCAUGGAAUGCAAUUCUGUCUGCUUGUGCUAACAGUGAGCAGCAUAUUGAGGGGUUCUUUGGACUGUUGGGUGAAAUGUGCCAUCAGUGGGACUCAGUCACAGUCUUGAAUGUUGUACGCAUGAGUGCCUUCUGUGGGAUUAAGAUGGUUCGUGAAGUGCAUGGCUGGUCCCUACGAGUUGGUUAUACAGGUGAAACUUCAGUAGGGAAUGCUAUUCUGGAUGCGUAUGUGAAGUGUGGAUACUCACAGGAUGCAAGUAUACUUUUCCGAAACCUUGCUGGGCGGAAUAUUGUAACUGACAAUAUAAUGAUUUCUUGCUGCAUGAAGAAUAACUGUAUAGAGGAUGCUGAGGUGAUCUUCAACCAUAUGGCUGAGAAAGAUUUGACUUCAUGGAAUCUGAUGAUCCAAUUGUAUGCACAAAAUGACAUGGAUGAUCAAGCUGUCAGUCUGUUUAAUCACUUGCAGUCUGAAGGAUUGAAACCUGAUAUUGUCAGCAUUACAGGGAUUCUUGAGGCUUGCAUCCAUUUGUGUUCUGUACAGCUUGUGAGACAAUGCCAUACCUACAUGCUCAGAUCAUCCCUAGAAGACAUCCAUCUUGAAGGGGCUCUUCUUGAUGCGUACUCGAAGUGCGGCAACAUAACCAAUGCAUAUAACAUCUUUAAAGUCAGCCCAAAAAAGGACCUUGUCACAUUCACUGCCAUGAUUGGAUGUUAUGCGAUGCAUGGAAUGGCAGAAGAGGCAGUAGAGCUGUUCUCUAAAAUGCUUAAACUUGGCAUUAGGCCGGAUCAUGUAGUUCUCACCACACUGCUGUCAGCAUGCAGUCAUGCUGGGCUUGUUGAUGCAGGAAUCAAGAUUUUCAAUUCCAUCAGAGAGAUUCACAGAAUUGAGCCUAGAGCUGAACACUAUGCAUGUAUGGUUGAUCUUCUUGCCCGUAGAGGACGUCUCCAAGAUGCAUAUAUGUUUGCCUUGGAUAUGCCCCCUCACGCAGUCAAUGCAAAUGCAUGGGGCUCCCUUCUAGGGGCAUGCAGAGUCCAUGGAGAAAUCGAACUUGGCAAGCUUGCAGGUGAUCACUUGUUCACUAUGGAGGCUGGGAACAUUGGGAACUACAUCCUUAUGUCAAACAUCUAUGCAGCUGAUGAGAAAUGGGAUGGUGUUGAGCAUGUCAGGAAACUUAUGAAGUCCAAAGAUAUGAAGAAACCUGCAGGAUGCAGCUGGAUUGAGGUUGAGAAGACCAGGCAUUUAUUCAUAGCCAGUGAUGUUAAGCACCAAGAUAGGUCUUGUAUUUAUGAUAUGUUAGGAUGUUUGUAUCAGCAGAUCAAAGAUACCCAGACACAGAACAUGGCAAUGAUACAAUCUAUGUGACCUCCAGUUGCAGUGUUGCAGAAACUAGAAGUGGAGUGCUCUUUAUCAAAGAUGUGCUCAUUGACUUGCCUGACUCCGUGACUUGGGUUUGCAAGGCUUCCACUUCCUGUCUGCAAAUUAGUGAUGAAACUGCGCUUGUCUGACUGAGAGCCAAUGAUGAGGAUUUACAGUUAGGUCUAUUGAGCUUCAGUUGCUUAUAAGGCAAUUGCUGUGAUCUGUCCAAGAACAGUAUGCAUGUUCAUGUCCUAGCAGAUGAUCUAAAUUUUUCAUCGUACAUGUUGCCAGUUCCGCUGCUUGAGCCUUCACGUGAGUGAAGUUUGAAUAGGAAACUUUAUCCAAUUGGUCCAGAAAGCCACUUUCGAGAAAUAAGCAUGCAGAAUCCUGUGCCUGCUACGGCUCUGAACUUCCUGCAAUUUUGGAUCAUAUUGGAGAGGGUUAUCAUCUCAAUAUGCUUCUUCAGGCCCAAGGUCGAAUUGCUCAAGUUUACCAUCAAUUGCUGGAUCCAGUUCAAACAGCAAAGCCAAAAGGGCAAGUUCUGGUCACUUUUCUGUAUGGCGCUCAAUAGCUGCUCAUAAUGUUCUGCACUGCUGUUUGCACGUAUCCUCCCAGAUAAGGGGAAGCAGGAACUAACUGCUGCAGGCUGCAUCAUGAGGAGGAGCUGGAUGGAUGUUUGGUAAGAGCAGAGCAAAGCUCUCGAGAAGCAAGUCUGAAGCGUUGGCCGGCCAAUGCCCCGAAAGGGAAGAUGCGACGAAAGGGUCCAGGCUUGCAGCCGUGCAGGGCACGCGUUUUUUUCCCCGGAAAUACCCCUGGCCGCCGUCCACGAAAUUCCGAGCCCGAACAGGUCACCAACCAAACUCGGGGUCGGCCGGGCGGGGAAGACCGUUCGGCCGCACUGCUAUAAUAGCGUCCUCUGCGCCCACGCAGCCGUCCCCUUCGCGCCGCGCGGAGAACUAGAGGGGAAAAAAAAGUCGAUUCCCCUUUGCUCUCUGCUCGCCGGGAAACUCUGUCGCCGUUGAUGGAUCUCGGAAGGACCAAGUCCGCCGCCGCCGUAGCACUGCUCGAAGCGACCUCCCGCCCGACCGGACUGCCCUUCUCGGCCCCCGCCACGCCGUGGUUCCGGGAGCUGUGGGUCAACGCCUCCAAAUAACGGGUCUCCGACAGGAGAACAUUGGUGGAUUUCUCAACUGGUGGUGGGAAAUAAACCGAAGGCCCCAGCAUCCAUCCUUGUGAUAUCAAUCAUAACAUUGGGGCCUUCUUCAGUUUACAAAUUAGACUGUUCAAGAAGGCGUCCAACAGUCAAAAUGCAUAGACAGAAGAUCCCAAACUCUGGGUGGGCUGCGUUUGAUCGCAAGUGGCGCAGCACAGAUGGCAGAGGGGAUGAAGGUGGGGGCGAUUCUUUUCCGGCUCUCUCAGAUUUUGGGGCUCCCAAUUCUGCUAGCAGCUCCAUUACAGGAAACAGUGGGCUGAAACCAAAGCCUUUUGCUUCAGUGGUUCGCCCUAGUGUUGAUUUUGGUGCUGUUAGCAAUGGGGGCGGAAGAGAUCAUGUGGGUAAUGUGAAUCAUGGUGCAAGUGCUGCAUCUGAUAAUAAAUAUAAGCUGUUGAAAGAUGCUCAUAGUUGGGCUGACAGUAAUUUAAUCGAGGAUGUAUUGGCUGCUGUGAA